AGCCGGCAUCGUUCGUAAUAUCGUUGAUAAAUGUUUCUGGAAGUAAGGGUCUAUAACAGGAAAGUGGAGUUUUAACAGGUGGGGUCUAUUUGUUGAAAAGUUGAAUUUGAAUAGUAUUAGCGAAAGAAACAUUCCACUAUUUUGAGACUUAAAACAGAUUAUCAAGAUGUCUAGUAGAAAAACAAAAGGAAAGACUACCAAAAAAAGGGCCCAGAGAGCUACUUCAAAUGUCUUCGCGAUGUUUGAUCAGUCUCAAAUUCAGGAAUUCAAAGAGGCCUUUAAUAUGAUAGAUCAAAAUAGAGAUGGUUUUGUUGAUAAAGAAGAUCUUCAUGAUAUGUUAGCUUCCUUAGGUAAAAAUCCAACAGAACAAUAUUUGGAUGAAAUGAUGAAUGCUGCUCCAGGUCCUAUUAAUUUUACUAUGUUUUUAACAAUGUUUGGUGAGAAAUUAAAUGGUACAGAUCCAGAAGAUGUCAUUAAGAAUGCCUUUGCUUGUUUUGAUGAAGAAGGAACUGGUAUUAUACCUGAAGAAAGAUUGAGAGAAUUACUUACUACCAUGGGAGAUAGAUUUACUGAAGAUGAGGUUGAUGAAAUGUUCAGAGAUGCCCCAAUAAAGAAAGGAGAUUUCAAUUAUUUGGAAUUUACAAGAAUAUUGAAGUAUGGGAAAAAAGAUGAAUAACUGUUUGAUAACAAAAAUUUUCUUCAAGAGCAAAAGACAAACAUUCCUUUAUUAUGGACCAAUAACAAGGUUUUACACCUUAAAGUCAUGUUAUUGUUACAGCAGGUUUUGUUUUCACAGUAUGUUCAGUUUGAUCUUUUGAUCCCAUCAGUAUUUUAUAAGAUUUGAUAAAAUAAAAAAAAAACUGCCAACAGACCAGAUAUAAUAGUUGAACAUAAGAUCAUUAAAAAUUUGCAAACAAUUUUCAUGUUCUGUAUAUUUUUUUUAUUAUUGUCCCCCGCCUUUCGAAGAAAGCAGGGGACUAUUAAAAUGAGUUCGUCCGUCUGUCUGUCUGUCCGUCCGUCUGUCUGUCACACUUUUUGGGACACAAUAACUUUCUAUCUAAUGGAGCUAGAAUGUUCAAACUUAGUGUAGGUGUUUAUUAGGUCAAUGCCUUGAUGGCUUAGGGUAAGCAGAGAUAAGCCAUUUGAUUGGUUGAUGCUUUCUAAUUAAGUGAGAGUGAUGAAACUUGGUGUAUAGUUUUAUUGCAUCAAUACCUUGACUAAGUUCAAUAAUGAGCAUUUUCUGCUCAGGGUAAGCAGAGUGAUAAGCAAUUUGAUUGGCUGAGACUUUGGAACACAAUAACUCACCUUCUAAUUGAGCUAGAAUGUUCAAACUUAGUUUUUGUGUUUAUUAGGUCAAUGCCUUGAUGGAGUUCGAAGAUGGUCAUUUUCGGCUUAGGGUAAGCAGAGAUAAGCCAUUCGAUUGGUUGAUGCUUUGGGACACAAUAACUUUAGUUCUAAUUAAUUGAGAAUGAUGAAACUUGGGUGUAUAGUUUCAUUACAUAAAUACCUUGACUAAGUUCGAUAAUGAGCAUUUUCUGCUCAGGGUAAGCAGGGUGAUAAGCAAUUUGAUUGGUCUAGACUUUGGAACACAAUAACUCUCAUUCUAAUUGAGGUAGAAUGUUCACGCUUGGUAGGUGUCCAUUAGGUGAAUUCCUUGAUGGAGUUUGAAGAUGAGAAUUUUCGGCUUAGGGUAAGCAGAGAUAAGCAGUUUGAUUGUUUGAUGCUUUGGGACACGAUAACUUUAGUUCUAAUUAAGUGAGGACACUUGGUAUAUAGCCUUAUUAUAUCAAUACCUUGACUAAGUUCGAUAAUGAACAUUUUUUGCUGGGGGUAAGCAGAGUGAUAAGCCAAUUGAUUGGUCUAGACUUUGGAACACAAUAAUUCUCCUUCUAAUUGAGGUUGAAUGUUCAAACUUGGCGUAGGUGUCUAUUAGGCGAAUUUUUAAACUUGAUGUAGAUGUUCAUUAGGUGAAGAAGGCUUGGAUGGCCGAAUGGUUAGCACAUGCACGCUGUAUCAUAAAGCCUGUCAUUGAGUCAACUGGCGUGGUUUCGAAUCCCCGGUUGUACGUGACAAGGGGUAGGGUCGCCUGUCCAACCUUGUAGGUUUUCUAUGGGUCCCCCGGUUUCCUCCCACUGCUAAAGACCCCUACGCGCAAACGAAUUAUUGAAAUAAAAUUAAAACCAUAUAUUAGUCCCGAAAUGACCUGGUUUGUGUCGAGUGGACGUUAAGCCCUAUUUCUCUCUCUCUCUCUCAUUAGGUGAAUGUCUUGACUGUGUUCAAUGAUUAACAUUUCGCGCUGAAGCUAAGUAGAGCUAAUCGAUUUUAUUUGUCAAUGGUUUGGGACAAAAUAAUCUUGAUUCUAUCUGAUAGAGAGUGAUGAAACUUAGUGAAAAAAAUAAAUGUGCGAUCAAUUAAUAUGUGUCAUCUAUUUAUUUUGCAAUUUCGGCGGGGGACAUUAGCCUCACUGUUGGCUUGUUUUAUAUGUGGUUAUUAGCUGAUAAUUUGUUUAUUUAUGGUGAACACUGAUCUGGAUUGAUCUAGCACAUGCCUACAUUAAUAUGUGGUUGUAUAUUAUCGUCACCCUCGUCUGUCCUUUUUCCAAAUUCAGUUGUGAACGUUCUACAGGUUGAAAUCAUCUGAUCUUUAAAUUUACACACUGUGAUGAACAACCCUAUGAUGUAGAAUCCUAGUGAUUUUCAACAAUAAAUAGGUAGAGUUAUGGCCUUUGAUUUGAUCAACUGGAAAAAUCUUGUGGUAGCUCUAGAGGCUAAAAUUGUACAAUUGAAAUUUAUACAGUGUAUUUGUUCAUGAGAAGAGGAAGCCUUUUGGUUUUCAGCAAUUUCCAAUAAGUUAUGUCCCUUGAUCACUUUGAAAAAUCUUUUGGAUGCUGUGGAGGUUAAUGUUAUCAUCCAAUUGACACUAAAUUUAUACACAGAGCAACUUAAAGAAGCCUAUUAAUUCUGAUUGAUUUCUCAUAAAUACUGCCAGACUUAUGGCCCUUGAUAACUUCAUGUGGAUAUGCUAGAAACCAAUUUUAUCCGAUUGACAUGAAUUUUUCAUUAGAUGAGGAAACCUUUUUCAACAAUUUCCAUUAACAACUUCCACAGUUCUUGCCCUUGACCACUUUGAUAACUUUUUUUGUCCCAUCCGAACGACUAGACAGCUGUCCUUGUCAGGCCCUCUGUCCUGCAUCACUGACAGGGUGGGGGGAACCACGCCGAAAAAUCUGGAUGCACUUUCUAGGCCAAUGCAGGGAUCGAACACGCAACCUCCAGGCUAGUGAGCCAGCAUCUUACCCACUUAGCCUCCAUUACCCUUCUACAUAAGGAUAAAUAUGCAACAACCCCUGCAGACUGCUCAGUUGAUUUACCCGCCUGCCGGGGAUGUAUGUUUCACAGCCUGGCUACCUUUCUUAUGUAUUCAUGUCAUAGAAGUUCUUGUUACCAAGUUGAAUUUAUAUAUUCCAAAUCAGCUUACAAAAUUUUGUAAAUUGCUCUUUGCUUCUGCAUUGAAUAGUUUUGUUAUAGAGAACUGUCUUGGUCAAUUCUCUAUAACAUGGCUCUUAAGUAUUAUGUUGGAGGAAAAAAAAUCCCCCCCCCCCUCCCUUGAUGUCUUCAAUUAGAAAGUGAUGUGAUAAUAAAAAUUCUCAGACAUGAUGUAUUUUAUUGAAACCCACCAUGGCUGUGUGGUUAGAUAAAGAUAAAAAGACUUGAACAUA